CGCAGAUUAGAAACCACCCCAACAAACCCGAAUGAGGCAUUCUACUUUUUUCUUUCUCGCUCUCAUUGCAGCCAUCGUCCAGGCCGUGCCAGCCGCAGACCUCACAAAGCCACCUGCGGGUACUUGCACCAUUAGCGCUGUCGCUGUAGAUGCGCCAGAUGUCGACACGGAUGGGAGUGGCUGCAGGGCUGGGACUGUCGGCGUCGCAUUUUCAUCUGACAAUUCCCUCAUGACGAUUCUUUUCGACGACUUCAAGGCCGCAAUUGGGCCGAAUGCGGGCAGCACCAAAAAGCGUGCGUUCUGUCGAGUCAACGUUACUAUGGCCUCACCUGGGUGGGCGUUUGAUGUCAGCUCAGUGGACUUCCGAGGCUAUGUGAGGAUUGCGCAAGGUGUUGAUGCUAGUAUUGUGAGUAGAUGGAAGUGGAUUGAUAGUAAAGGGCAGGAUAUGAAGGGAAAGGGAAAUAUCAACAAAAAGCUCGCCGGGCCUUUCGAAGACGACUUCCUCCUUCAUAAAGAUGGAGAGUUAUCAGACAAUGAGGCAUCUGUUUGCUCAAAAGCUUCCGCAAGGUUUCAGCUCAGUAUUUCCGCUUCUUUGUCGGCAAGUGGUUCGAGUUUGUCAGGACUAGUGCAGGGUGAUGCAGCAAAUGCACAGUUUGGCGAGGUGCUUAAUCUUGGGUGGAAGAAAUGCUAA